AGUUAAAAGAAGGGACAAUAUGAAUAUGAAAUAUAUAUAUUCACGUAUACAUAAUACAUGAUAUAUACAUGAUAAAUAAAGAUAAAUAUAUGCACGUAAAUUUAGCUUUACGAUGGAACUCAAUUUAUUGCAACGAAAUUGCAUUUAAUACUCGAUUAAAUGAACUCCAACCCAUUUGAAUUUCUAUUGUAUGAACGAAAAGUUGUAAGUAGUGGGGAGAAACAGUGAACUCCUAUUAUAUGAACUCCAGUUAUAUGAACUAUUUGUCCGAAUGGUUCAGAUAGAUGAAGUUCCAUCGUGUAAUUUAAUGAUCUAUUAUACCCUAUAACAUAUAAAAAAAAAAAAGAAAUUUCAAUAUGCCAUGGAUGAACUCAACAAUGAUCCUUAUGAACAACAGCUUUAUGCUGUGUUUCAAAGUUGUUUAACAAAAGGAGAAACUGAACUACAUGAGGAUAAUUGGGUCAAUUUAUGCCAUAAGUUACAUCUGACGGAACAGAGUGAAGAAUUAAGAUCAUGCAUACAACAAUAUAAACAAGAAAAACAAUCCAUAUCAUUCCAGGAAUUUAGAGCUGCUUUAUUAACUUUGUUAGACAAAACUCAAGAUUCAAUUACAAAGGCAGAAAAAGAUAAUAUAAUAGAAUCACAAAAUGAUACAAAUCCACAUAUUAUAGAUAAUAAAAAAUGUAAUUCUUUAAUACCUAAUAAUUCUUUAAUACCUAAUAAUUCUAGUUCUAAUGUAGAUUUUUUAAAUGGAAAAACAGGUGUGGCAGUGAAUGAAAAUAGGUUGAAAUGUUUAUGGGAAAAGAUAAAUACCUGUUUAAAAGAAAAUGUAGACUCUGCAACAAUUUUUUUUAUAUCUAAUUGUUUAGGAAUUCCAGCUCUUCCAAAACAAAUCUCACAGUGUAUUUUUGAGAAACUUGAUCAGAAUUGUGAUGGAUUAAUUAGUUUGGAUGAAUUUCUUGUUAUAUUUCAAAAUAAGGCAAUGGAAGAUCAAUUAAUGUUGGAGAAGAAUAACCAAUCUACAAAUGAAUUAACUAAAUUAGAUUUUAGAAAACGAAACUUCGACACUCAUCUUUCUCGCAAGACUAGUUUUACAAGGAAUGAUGCUUUUCUGGAUACGUGGAAACUUUCAAAUACCGAUGGGAAUUUUAAAACAUCUGAAAUUUCUUUAACUGAUUUAACAACUACUUUAUGUGAUGAACUAAAAAAUUUUAAUGACUCAUUAGGUCAUUCUGCAAUUCGAUCUCAUAUAAUGUUAUUGCGAGAUGUUCUUAUACUAUAUCAAGAAGAACUACAUAAUUUAAAUCUUGUAAUAGAAAAUGUAAAUGGUGAAAAAGAAAAGUUACGUACUGAUAUUAUAGAAGCUAAUGAGCGUGCAAACACACUUGCUCAAGAGAUUGAUGAACAACAUAUCCGACAAGAAGAAAUUGUUCAAAAUCUACGAAAACAGAUUGAACAACGACAUGCUGAAACUAUACAAGAUCUUUCAACUCAACUUACUUCUGAACGAGAAAUGAGUGCUAGUAUUCUGAAAUUAAAGGAAGAUCAAAUACAAAUAUUGCAAAAAGAGAACUACGAGAUUAGAAAUAAAUUUGUAAAUACGUUGCAAGAAAAUCAAGUUUUAGAAAAUGAGAAUGAGAAUCUUCGUAGUCAAAUUGAAAAACUUAAACAAUCAAACAAUGAGUUUUUAACUCAAAUAAAAAUGUUAGCGGCAGAGCAUGAUGAGUCGCAAAAUAUAGAAAUAAAACAUCAACAAGAAGUUAUAUAUUUGGUAGAACGUAUCAAACAGUUGCAGUCAGAAACAGUUCUUUUACAAGAUCAAAAUGAUGAACUUACAGCAGAAUUAGAAAGUUUAAAGUUGCAUGAUCAUACUACAAAUACAAGCCAUCUUGUAAUUCCAAUGAAAAUGAUAAUGCGCAAAAUUGUAAAAAGAUAGAUUUAAAACAAUUUAAAGAUAUAGUUAUAAAACAGUUAAAAAGUAUUUUAGUUAAUAAUAACAAGUGUACAUUAGAAAAUUGUGCAUUUAAAGAUGAAAUAUCAGGAAUGAUUAUGAGAUUACAAUCUAAUUUAAAUACUCAAGUUUUCAAAGAGCCUGAAUUGAUCAAAAGCAUUGCAUCUGAAAUGGAAACAGAAUGUGAAGAAAAAACGAGCGAUUUUAUUAUUUCUAGAUAUAAGAAUUCCGUUUUUCUUAACUCUAAACGAAUAGUAACAUCCAAUAGUAAUGAUAAUAAUUAUGAUGUUGAUUAUUUUAGCAAUCAGGAUAUAAAAUGUUCAUCACAAAAUAAAAUUUCAAGUCUUAGAGAUUAUCCUCCUCGUAAAGAAGAACAUAUAAAUGCAGAUCAUUUGAAAUUAAAUAAGGAAAAAGAUAUCUUAAACAGUUGCGCAAAAAUUACUAAUGAAGUUGGUACAAAGACUAAUUCAAGUUUAAUAAAAAAUGAAUUGUCUGAAAAUGUUUCCUUAAAUUUGAAGUUAAAGGAGAUUGAAACAACUCAUGCUGCGGAAAAAAAGCAAUUGAUUGAACAAUGUGCAGAAUUGGAAAGAAGUCUUGAUAUGUUAAAGGCAGAAUAUGAAGAGUGUGAAGAUUACUGGACUGCUAAAUUAGAAGAAGAAAGACAACUUUUUGAGCAGGAACAAAAAAUUAGUGAUGAAAAAUUUUCAGAACUUAUAGCUAAAAUGGCAGAAUAUGAAGAACUAAUUAGUCCAGUAGAUAAAGUAAAAAAUAGUGGGCGCUUAUCUCCAAUUGAAGAAAAGUUUAAUUUAGAACAACAAUAUUUAGACCUCGAAGAGGAAUUUGAAAAAUGGAAAAGGCAAAUGGAAGAAGAAAUUUCUCAAAAAGACAAGGAAAUUAAAGAUUUACACGAGCAAAUAAAGUCCUUAGAACGACCUAUGAUGAUUGAUAUAUCUAUACAAGUUACAGAUGAAUUCAUUUUUCCGUCUUUGUUAACACGUUCAAAUUAUGUACCUAAUGAUUCAUUCAAUAGUCAACAGGCCAGUGAAUCGAUUUCAAAGUUAGCUCAAUGUACUGAUAAUAUUCACAAUUUGCCUGAAGAUUUUAAAUUUAAUAGAAUUCUAGAAUCUACGACCUCAUCAAAUGAUUUUUCUCCACGAUUAUCGAAAAAUGAUAUAAAUGGUGACAAUUGUGAUUUACACCAGAUAUAUACCCAUUAUCAUCACAAUGCGGAAUACUAUUUUGUAUAUGAACAGAAUAUGUUGAAGUUACAAAAUUCAAGAGUUCCGAAUUGUCAGUGCAUGCGAAAUGAUGCACAAGUAAUAUGUAUAAAUAUUAAUGUAUUGCACAAUUUAAGUAUGAAGCUUCAGGCACAAGAGCGUAAAAAACAGCAGUUGCAAGAAUGUUUUAAGCAACAACAAUACCACACUGAACGUGUAUUACAACGUAUUAUGUCUCAACAUCAAACAGAAAUAUCUCAAUUACAAUGUCUUCUUCGUAGUACUCAAGAAAGACUUCAAAAAGAAUUUCAAACAAAUGUAGAGCAGGCUGAACAAUUAACACGAAAUGAUGUAUUAGUAGAACACUUAUAUACUGAAAAUGCUUGUUUAACAGCGAAUUUAAAACGUUUACAACAACAUUAUAAAAUGCUAACAGGAUUAAAUGCUGAAUUAACUCCAAUAUGAUAUUGCAAUCAAUUAUUAUUAAUAUAUAAAAGGCAGAGUUUUAUUAAUAAAAUAUUAGUAAUAAUGCUAAUAUUUUAAUUUCGGAGUGUAAGUCAGGGAUAGAUAUUCUAUCUCAAUUGUUAAUUGUGAUACAUACUAUUUUUUUUUUAAUUACAAUAUCAGAACAAGAAUAAAUCUUUUAUGACACUGCUGGUGUUAAAUUAUAAAGUAGUUAAAAAAGCAGUUAUUUUUUUUUUAUUUGUAAUUAUUUUCAUUUAGCACUUUGAUAUAUAUACAGAUAUAUUAGUAUCGAUAAUGUCGUAAUUAUUAUACAUACAUAUAUUUUUUUGGCUUUUAUCUUGUGUAUAUAUGGAGAGAGAAAAUUAUAUGGACAUACAACAUCACAACAUCUACAAUUUAUAUAACAUAAUAUAAUAUCACAUAAUGUGAUAAGCAGAAAAUGUUGUUUUGUCUUGAAAACAAUGUAUUAUAAAAGAAGAUGUAUGAAAUUAUCAAUGAUAAAAAAAAAUUGAAUUAGAAAUUUACAUUUGUAUUUAAAAUUAACAGUAUUUAUUAUUAAGCUUGAAUUGUUUCUGAUCUAAACAGAAUUUGAAAAAUUAGUAUGUUCACUAUUAAAACACUUUAUAAUGUUGAUAAUUAUUGAUAGAAAUAUAUAAUCUGCCUUAUAAUUUGUAAGUUACAGUAUAAUAUAAGGAUAUCUUUUUUAAAAACUUAUCAAAUUUACAUUUUUAGAAGUAUCAUUUAUACAAAAUUAAAAGAAACAAAUAGCCUAAUCAUAAUAGAAAAGAUCCAAAGUAAUUAGUAUAAAAAAUUCAUUGUUCUUUAUUUGUUAUUUAUUAUUAUUAUUAUCAUUAUU